AGCUGAGGUGACUGGCAGGACUUGUUUACUGGUGGAGAGACUCGCAGAAAGAGAGAGACGGAAAGAGGGGGAACCUGAGGGAGAGCAACCGCUAAACGGAACGGGAAUCCAAGUUUUUAACACUUGGGCUCGUCUUUUUUUUUUAAAAUAUUUUUACGUUUGUUUACCUCAUCGUUUGUUUCACUAUCGGGGACGUGAUACGGACUUUGUCAACGCGUGUGUGUGUGUGUGUUUUUUAUUUUAUUUUUUUAACUCUAUCGCCGUCACCGAAACCUCGUUUGUUUUGGAUUAGCUAGCUAACGUUAGCUUGUCCCCCCCCCCCCCCCAUCAGCUAACGUUAAUCUGAGAAAAAGCAUCGGGCGGCGUGGUGGAGAGUUCCCUCACUUCACAGCAACGUGCAGGUUAAACGGAGACGUUCUUCUUUCUCUCCCCUCUUUACGCAGCAGACGAGAAAGAAGUCACGUUUCACUCCCAAGUUUUCUUUGUUUUCUUUCUCCCGUUUUUGUUCGUUUUUUUAUGGGUGCUUGCGGCGCGAGGUGGUCAGCGGAGGUGAGGGAGUUCAGAGGAAGGUCGUAGCGGGGAAAAGCUGUACCGCUGCACGCUUCUCCUGUACGUAGGAGUUUCCUGGGAUGUGCUCCCAUCUGUCUUAAAAAAGGUUCCGCUUUCUGAGAAGAUACACGCAAACAGGGAGGGGGGUAAUAUAAAAGAGGACCUGUGGACUAUAAAACAGAGAGAGCGCAAACCCUGUCGAGUCUCGUUCUUUGGCGAGAUCCAUAACUUCAGCUCAUUUUCUGCGGGAGGAACCCAAGCGGAGGCUGUUUUGAACACAUUCUUACCGAUUGUUGUUUUUUAAGGUGGGUCUUCCCUCAUUGGAGCAGUGCGCACGGGGCCAUUGGCCCUCCAUCGGAGGACCCCCCCCCCCAAACCAACCCCCCCCCCCCUUGCGUAAAUAAUAAUUGUAAUUCCUCUCCAGCGUUAGACACAUGGACGUGGAGACUUUCGCCUUCACUGAUGGAAAAUGAAGAUAUUUACUCGCACAUGAGUUGCCAGAAACCAAGAUCACGUUAUUUAGUGGUCUGCGUUUUCCUCCAGGGCUCACACAGCCGACAUCGCAAACUUGGCUGGGAAGAUACUCAUAAAUGCACAACUCCCCCCGGCUUACGGGGGGCAACGUUGAGUCAGCGGGCUGUAUUGGACCUUCAUUUGUAGGACUUUGUUCAGUACUUUUGAUAUCCCAACGCCUGUUGAAAUAGACUCUUUUAUUUUUGUUGAGAAGCUUGAAGAGUUGAGUUGAGCUCAACUUAUCUUCAAGUCAAAAUGAGACGGUGGACGUUAAAGCUGCGAGCACAAAUUGUGUUUUUAAUCAUCGGCACCUGCAUUAUAUGCCAAUGUGGACUAAUAAACGGAGAAAUCUGCCAGAGCAAGGACAUCCGGAACAAUGUGACCAACCUCCAGUCGUUGGAGAACUGCACCAUCAUCGAGGGCCACCUGAAGAUUCUGCUCAUGUUCAAGACCAAGACUGAUGACUUCCGGGGCCUCAGCUACCCAAAGCUGCGAGUGGUGACCGACUAUGUGCUGCUGUUCAGGGUCUACGGCCUGGAGGCCCUGAGCGAUCUCUUCCCCAGCCUGACUGUGAUCCGCGGAAGCAACCUCUUCUUCAACUACGCUCUUGUAAUUUACGAGAUGCUGCAGCUGAAGGAGGUGGGCCUCCACAGCCUCAUGAAUAUCACGCGGGGCGCUGUGAGGAUCGAGAAGAAUCCAGACCUGUGCUACCUGGCCACCCUGGAUUGGUCCAAGAUCCUGGACACGGUGGAGGACAACUAUAUCGUGGCCAAUAAGAACGACCGAGAGUGUGGAGACGUGUGUCCCGGCACGGCCCAAGGCCAGACCGUCUGCCCACAGAACACCAUCAACGGACACUUCAGGGGACGAUGCUGGUCGCAGAACCACUGCCAGAGAAUGUGCUUGGACAACUGUAAGCAUAGUGCGUGUAGCCUGCAGGGCCAGUGCUGCCAUGACCAGUGCCUGGGCAGCUGUUCUGAGCCAGGUAAUGCAAGUAGCUGUGUGGCCUGCAGGAACCUCCAGCAUGGGAAUACCUGUAUGGAGAAGUGUCCUCCUGGAUACUAUGUCUUCAGGGGCUGGCGCUGUGUCAGCUUCUCCUUCUGCCAGGAGCUCCACAACCAGUGUAAACAGACUAAGAUGUUGAACCAGGACCGAGACUUGGGCUGCUACGAAUAUGUCAUCCACAACGGGGCCUGUAUUCCGGAGUGUCCUUCUGGAUACACCACUAUCAACUCCACUACGUUGACCUGUUUGCCAUGUGCAGGACUGUGUCCUAAACUGUGUGCGGGAAACAAGUUAAUUGACUCUGUAACUUCAGCCCAAGCUUUGAGAGGUUGCACUGUUCUCCACGGCAACUUGAUCAUCAAGAUUCGAGGAGGGAAUAACAUUGCAGCUGAAUUGGAGGCUAGUUUCGGCCAGCUUGAGGAGAUCACAGGCUACCUGACUGUUCGCAGAGCCUACGCCCUGGUCUCCCUCUCCUUCCUCCGCAAACUACGUGUUAUUAGAGGGGAGCAUCUUGAGGGAGAGGUCUUCGCCUUCUAUGCGCUGGACAACCAAAACCUGCGUGAGCUGUGGGAUUGGUCCAAGCACAACCUGACCAUCCAUCGCGGUCGUAUGUUCUUCCACUACAACUCCAAACUUUGCAUGUCUGAAAUCAGAAAGAUGGAGGAGGUGACGGGAACCAAGAAGCGCAACCAAAAGAAUGACAUUGCUGUACGCACCAACGGGGACCAAGCCUCCUGUGAGACCAAGCUGCUGAAAUUCACCAUGAUCAAGACCGCAUCAACUAUGAUUAUGUUGAAGUGGGAACCCUUUUGGCCUUUAGACUUCAGAGACUUGCUGGGCUUUAUGGUUCUCUAUAAAGAGGCGCCGUAUAAGAAUGUGACGGAGUUUGAUGGACAGGACGCAUGCGGCUCUAACAGCUGGGUGAUUGCUGAUGUUGAUCCUCCAUUACGUUCCACGGAUGGCAAGAAGGCGGAUGAUCCGGGGCACCUGAUUCGACCAUUGAAGCCCUGGACCCAGUACGCCAUUAUGGUCAAAACCCAACUAUCUACAUCUGAUGAGCACCAGGUUCAUGGAGCCAAGAGCGCCAUCAUCUACUUCCGUACCAAUGCCUCCAAACCCUCUGUGCCUCUGGACCCCAUCUCCUCCUCCAACUCCUCCUCUCAGAUCAUCCUGAAGUGGAAGCCUCCCACCAAUCCCAACGGCAACAUCACCCACUACCGCGUCAUCUGUCGUAAGCAGUCCGAGGACAGCGACCUCUACAAGUUUGACUACUGCCUACAAGGAAUGAAGCUGCCGUCUCGUACCCCGACCCACCUGGACAGUGAGGAUGAGCAGAAGUGGAACCACACAGACGAGCCCACCUCAGGGGGCCGGUGCUGCGACUGCCCCAAGACUGACAACCAGCUCAAGAAGGAGCAGGAGGAGAUAGAGUAUCGCAAGACCUUCGAGAACUACCUCCACAAUGCAGUCUUUGAGAGCAGGCCAUCUCGUCGCCGGCGCUCAGUGGGAGUUGCCAACACCACCCUGCCCUCUUUCUUCCUCACCGCAGCCCCCAGUCUGGCUUUCGGCUCCACCACAGCCACCCCUGAAGACGAGGAGGGAUCCAAGGUGGAGCUAAAGGUCUUUUCAAAGGAGUCAACAGUCAUCUCCAACCUGCAACACUUCACCAGUUAUAAGAUAGAGAUCAUGGCCUGCAACCAUGCGGCGGACGACCUCAAGCGCUGCAGCCUGGCUACUUAUGUCAGUGCUCGAACUAUGCCAGAGGAGAAAGCAGACGACGUCCCAGGCAUAGUGACCCAUGAGAUAGUGACGGCCGAGCCUCCCUACGUGUUGAUCAAAUGGAAUUCCCCUCGCUCCCCUAACGGCCUCAUUAUUCUGUAUGAGGUGUUCUACAGGAAGGUGGGCGACUCGGAGGUUCACACAGCUUGUGUGUCACGGCCGGCCUACCUCAAGUCAGGUGGCACAAAGCUCUCACUUGUGCAACCUGGAAACUACAGCGUGAGGGUCCGCGCCACCUCCUUGGCAGGAAAUGGCUCUUUCACAGAAACCACUUAUUUCUUCAUGCCCAAUUCGGAUCCAGGUUUUAUUUGGAUUGUGAUGGGUCCGGUCAUCUGUUUCAUCCUGCUGCUGUUCGUGGGAGGUGGAGUCUUUGUGAUCCUCAAAAAGAGGCAAACAGAAGGCCCGACAGGACCUCUUAUCGCCUCCUCAAACCCAGAGUACAUCAGCACCAAUGAUGUGUAUGUUCCUGAUGAGUGGGAGGUGCCCCGGGACAAGAUCACGUUGCUCAGAGAGCUGGGUCAGGGCUCCUUCGGCAUGGUGUACGAGGGUAUCGCCAAGGACAUCAUCAAAGGAGACCCAGACACGCAAGUAGCCGUCAAGACGGUCAAUGAAUCGGCCAGCCUGCGCGAGAGGAUCGAGUUCCUCAACGAAGCCUCCGUCAUGAAGGCUUUCAACUGUCACCACGUGGUACGUCUGUUAGGCGUGGUGUCCAAAGGUCAGCCGACCCUGGUAGUGAUGGAGCUGAUGACCCACGGUGACCUGAAGACCUACCUGCGCGGUCUCAGGCCGGACUCUGAGAACAACCCCACAGGCCAUUCACCACCUACGCUGAAGGAGAUGAUCCAGAUGGCUGCAGAAAUUGCGGAUGGCAUGGCCUACCUCAAUGCCAAGAAGUUUGUCCACAGAGACCUGGCCGCCAGAAACUGCAUGGUGGCAGAAGACUUCACUGUCAAGAUCGGAGACUUUGGUAUGACCCGAGACAUCUAUGAGACUGACUACUACCGUAAGGGAGGUAAGGGCCUGCUUCCUGUCAGGUGGAUGGCUCCAGAGUCUCUGAAGGACGGAGUCUUCACUGCCCACUCUGACUGCUGGUCAUUUGGCGUUGUGCUGUGGGAGAUCAGUACGCUAGCAGAGCAGCCUUACCAGGGUUUAUCCAACGAACAGGUUCUAAAGUUUGUCAUGGAUGGAGGAUACCUGGACCGGCCGGAUAACUGCCCCGAGAGGAUGCACAGCCUAAUGCAGAUGUGUUGGCAGUACAACCCCAAGAUGCGGCCGUUGUUCCAAGAGAUCAUCGAGAUGCUGCGGGAGGAGCUGCACCCGUCUUUCCAGGACUUUUCCUUCUUUUACAGCGAGGACAACAAAGUCCCCGAGACAGAGGAGUAUGACCUGGACCUGGAGAACAUGGAGAGCAUCCCACUGGACCCGUCUUCAUACUCCCAGAGAGAGGAGAGCUUAGGCAGGGACAGCGGGCCCUCGGUGGCCCUCAGGGGGAACUAUGAGGAGCAUGUCCCCUACACACACAUGAACGGUGGCAAGAAAAACGGACGAAUCUUAUCGUUGCCCAGAUCCAGCCCUUCCUAACAUUUCCUGUUUCCUAAAAGACCUUGUUUAACCCCCCCCAUCAUAUUUCUCUUCCAGUCCAUUUCUUUCUGUAUCUUUCAUGUUCCUCUCAUCAUUUUCUAAUGAUUUUCGUAUUCUUGGAGAAGCCCUUCAAAAACGACACAGAUCUCAGGACUUUUUAUUUUCUCCCUCGUGGCUGCCGCACACAGGCAAGCGAGGGACCUCAAACAUGGUGUAACUCUUUUGUAACUUCCUCAACAACACAUUGGACUUUCUAUUACCAUAUCACCUAUCUAUUGUUUUUCACUAUUGCCACGUUUCCAGGACUCCUUGUGAUGGAAACAGAGAAAAAAACAAAACUGUGAACACGACAAACCUUAGACAACCAAGAUGGCUGCUUAUGCUCGACCUCCUCCAGACUUGUCCCUCCUCCUCUCCCCACCAAUCUGCAUUUCCACAUUUUUGUGCUUUGUUUUUGUUUUGUUUCUCUCUCUUAAGUGAAAUCUUUUUACUCGGAUAGUGGCCUUUUUGUAUGUGGCCUAUAAACAAAGAGAAGUGUCUAUCAGCGCUUGUACUAAUUUCCCUUUGAACAAUGACUUAAUCGGUUUGGAACAGUGGGAUGACUUUCAAAGACUUGAUUCUAGAACAAACAUCUAUUCCUAGAGGAAUGUUUUCUUAUUUUUAUUUUAUUUUUUUGGUUCUGCAGAAUUCCAAACUUCACACAGAUUCAUCGGGUGUUUGGUGAAUAGUUUUAAUUUAUUUGCUUUUAUUAUCUUCUCUUCUCCUCUUCUGUUUCUCAGUUUUAUGUCUGUGUCCUCACUAUAUGGCUGAAGGAUAUUUAAACAGUUAAGAAUUUGACAAAAGAGUUCCUCAGACUGACCAAUAGCUGCUGCUUUGAUAUAUUUUAGUGGGUAUAUAAAUAUAUAAAUAUAUAUAAUAUAUAUAGUAUAUAUGGAAUAUUGGUAUUUAUAUACCAGUAUUUCAUAUAUAAUAUAUGGCAUAUUGAUGUUUUUGUAAAUAGUUCAUAUUUGUAAUAUUUUCAUCAGAAGCUUUGCUAGUAUUUUGUUUUGCCAGGUUUUUUCUUUCUGGGUUUUUUAAUUUUCUUAUUUUUAUAGCCCAAGAAAUCACACUAAUCUACCAUCAGUGCUCUCUGUGUCUUAGGCCUCCAGUCCCUCUUGAGUUCUCUCUGUUCGCGUGGAUGGGAAAGGAGAAGGCCCACGAAAUAUUGUCAACUCACUGCAUCAUUUUGGGGUUUUUUUAAAACCGUGUUCCCUCUGAGAGCUGAGGAGGAAACUUUGUUGCAGCAAUGGAAAAAAUACGAAAUAACCAAAAAAAAAAAAGCUUUAUAAAAGGGGGGUAUGAGGUCUUUCUAGGUGGAAGUGCACCUGAUGUUUGUUUGUCUCUGUGUCUGCUGUGUCUCUCUGGUCAGAUCACGCUGGAGCUGAGGUCUUUAUGCGCUUGUUAUCACAGGUUCAUCACGUCUUUCACGUUGUCCAGGUCGACGUUAACUGUCGGUGAGGUUAGAGAGCGUGGAGAGCUCGUCCUUUGCCUGGUGACUGCACUUCCUUGUGUUGGCGUAACAGUGAUGGCUUUUCAGUUGACUGGUGUGGGUGCUGCUUGGAUCAGGGCGGGAUGGGGAAUUAACAGCAGCUCUCAGCCAAAUGCAGGUGAAGUGAAACAAUGAGGCCCUUUUUUUUCUAACCAUCUGUUCUAUGACUUGCAGUAAACGCCCUCAUUGUUUAAAUCGUACAGCAGUAGCCUUCACAUCUCACCUGGGAUCUGGUUCAGUUCAGGACCUCAGUGUUAGAUGGAAGGUUCUAUUCAUUUCACACAUUAUCUUCACCUCUCAUUGUUCGUGCUCGUUUUGCUCUGCACCACACACACACACACACCUCCUGCACACUCUCCCUCCUCAGUCUUCCCGAGGCUUCCUAUUGGCUGCUGAACUCACUGCUCAAAAUCAGGCUAUUGGAAAUUUCCACGUUUUGUGGUCGAGGGGCUGGAGAGGAAUACGGAAAGUUCCAACUGUGUUCAGAGUGCACAGCAGGUAGUGGAGAGAGGGGCAGCCUCUCUAUCUCUCUGAGAGAGAGCGAGUGUGUGAGUGAUUGUUAAUCCUAUUAUUGUCUCUGCUAUCACAUGCAGUCGGGCUGUCGGGACACGGUGUGCAGCAGCUAUUUCACUCAGGUCUGACAUUCCAGGAUUUAGUUGGAGCUGCUCGUUCCCUCGUUGCCCCCCCCCCCCCCCGGUUUUGCCUGUCUGCAAAGCUGUUACCAUCGCCACACCCCACCAGAUUCAGAGCACACACAUGAAAGACUUUGUUUUUCCUUCUUAAUAAUCGAAUAUCUGAAGUUUGUCCCUCUUUCCUGGAAUCAAAAACAUUCCUGUCUACCGUACCCUUACUCAGAGCUGCGGAAGGAUGAGUUGCUGAUCCCUCAUCAAGAUCAUUCAUUUACUACGACCUGUAUUCGGAGCCCGAAGGCCGUCUGAGUUUUAGAUCCUCCAUAAUCGCUCCUCUCUCACUCUCUAUCCGCAGCAGUCGAUGGUUUGGGAGGGGAUAGUCGGCAGACUUUUUAUUUUUCUGGACACAACGACCAGUGUUGCUGCCAAUCUAGCCGAACAGCAUUCAGCACUUAUAGUAUAGCCAAAGUGUUGGCAGCUUUCUGUCAACAAUGAGAACCCACAGAAUCAGAGUCAGAGAAAGCAGAGACGCUGCCUCCAUGUUUUACCAGUGCCUUCUCAAACCCAGAGCCACAUCCAGGCUAGUUAUAUCGGCUAGUAACACACACACACACACACACACACACACACAGGCCUCUGUGCUCUCUGCAUUUCUUCUCACGAGGCAGGCGAGGCAGAGAAAUUUCAAAGCUGCAUUUACAUUUGUGUUUGUAGGGUUGCAACUUUGUUCUUUGCUGGAAGAGAAGUAGAAGUCUUUGGGGCGGUUUUAUUUUUAGAUUUUGUAUUGUUGGUUUUAGCUUGUUGCCAGCGUGUAAAGGUCUGAACACUAAUGUUCACCUCGUGCUUUAGCGGUGACACUGUGGAUCGGCCAGAGUCUGUGCUGUUGCGCACUCGUAGGUGCCCGAGGUUAGGAUGUAGAUUUUAGCAAAUUAUUCUGAGGAGUUACAAUCUUGGGCUUUUGUACUUUGUAAAUAAUCUGUGACAUAGUUUGGAAAUAAAAGCAGAAAAAAGAUAUAUAAAAAAAAAAAGAAAAAUCUGAUGCCCGUCAGUUUUGCGUACAUGACAGGGAAAAAAUGGUGGCCCUCAGCUGUGUCGCACUUCCACACAACACACUAAUACUAAAUUCUUAUUUUAAUUACUAGUUAGUUCAUCUUUGUAUACACUGCAUACUCUAAAUCCAGUUAGAAUUAGUGUGUACGAUGGAAGUGGGGCAUCGCUCUCGUCUCUACCUUGACCUAGGUUGCUUAUCUUGUGGUGGUGUUCACAUGCAUAUGCAAUUUUUAAUUAAGAUGAUGCCCAUAUCUUUGAAAUACCAGAUAUUUAUUUUAUUAUGAUCAUUGUCAUUGUAUAAGAAGAACACAGUUAGCUUUUUAGUCGAGCAUUUUUACAGUGUUUGAGAGUAGAGCGACGUAAAAGCCUAGUUUGUUAUUGUACAG